CUGGGAGCGCUUGCGCACAUAACGCCACGACACUAUUUACUCGCGGUUCAUGGCCAGGCCAGUGCAGGAACGAACGCAGGCCGAGUCACACGUCCCUUCACAUCGAAUCAGUGUUUACAAGUGCAAGUUUUUAUUUAAUCGUUCGGACAAAUAACUAUGAUCCACAUCAAAUAGAAGUACCAGGAUGACAGGCAAGACAGGAGUUCGUUUUGAAGAGGCGGAGAAGAGGAAGGGCGUUCUCCUGACAUCGAUAGCCGUGUCCGGAGCUGCGCUGGGAUGGCUGACCCGUGGCUCUCCUACUCUCAUGGGUGCUGUCGCCCUGCUCACCACGUACUUCAUGACGGGGGAUAGAUACCAAUGGAUUUAUAUCUGGAAGAAGACACAUUACAGGGAUUUUCUAGGUCUCCGCGUGCUCCUGUACACCAUCUUCAGGAUAUGGCUGUGGGAGAGGCAGGGCAAGACAGUGGUGGCGCGCUGGAGCGACGUCGCCAAGAUGAACCCCGACAAGAAAGCCUUCAUCAUGGACGACAGGGCACUUACUUUCCGAGAGGGUGAUGAAUUUAGCAACCGCAUUUCGUGGUACUUCAAACGUCAGGGCUACAAACCAGGCGAGGUGAUAGCGCUGUUCAUGGAGACUCAGCCAGAGUAUGUGUUCCUGUGGCUCGGUCUGGCUAAGAUCAGGGUCACCACUGCUCUGAUCAAUACCAACUUGAGGGGGGCCCAGCUGAUCCAUUGUCUGAGGAUAGCUGGGUGCAAGGCUGUUGUGUUUGGAGAUGAAAUGACUGCUGCCAUAAAAGAGAUACAACACGAGAUCCCGGACAUCCCCCUCUUCCAAUACAACUCCCCGGACAGACCUUCCUCUCCCGUACUACAAGACACGGCACCUUUGGCCGCUGAGCUGCGGGAGAUGUCGCACGAACCGGUGGUCGACUGCGGACAGGCAAAGCCGAGGGACACGCUACUGUAUAUCUAUACUAGCGGUACCACAGGCUUCCCGAAGGCUGCUAUUAUUACUAAUAUAAGGUACCUACUGAUUCCACUAGGAGUGCAGAGAGCAGCGCAGCUUUCAACUGCAGAUAUUGUGUACGACCCCCUACCACUGCACCACACGGCCGGAGGGGUACUAGGAGCAGGGUUAGCUGUCGUGUCAGGAUGUACCGUGGUACUGAGGAAGAAGUUCUCUGCUUCUAACUACUGGAGCGAUGCCGCGAAGUAUGGUUGUACUGCAACUCAGUACAUCGGUGAGAUCUGCCGCUACCUCCUCGCUGUGCCCCCCGGACCCAACGACCGCGCCCACAAGGUCAACGUCAUCAUCGGCAACGGACUAAGGCCGCAGAUCUGGCCGGAGUUCGUGCAGAGGUUCGGCAUCAAACGGGUCUUGGAGUUCUAUGGAGCCACUGAAGGGAAUAGCAAUUUGGUGAAUUUGGACUCGAAAGUGGGCGCCAUCGGUUUCCUGAGCAGAAUAUUUUCUACGAUAUACCCACUCACUUUAGUCAAGUGUGACGAAAUAACUGGAGAAAUUCUAAGAGACGGCAAUGGAAGAUGCAUUACUUGUGGCCCUCAUGAACCUGGUCUAUUACUGGGUAAAAUCGACGCCAAGAAAGCGAUCCUAACAUUCGCGGGGUACGCCGACAAGACUGCGUCCGAGAAGAAGAUGGUGCGCAACGUGAGGGCGGAGGGAGACUGCUAUUUCAACACCGGGGAUGUGUUGGUCAUGGACCAUUACGGGUACUUCUACUUCAAAGAUCGUACUGGGGAUACGUUUAGAUGGCGUGGAGAGAAUGUCUCCACAGCAGAGGUGGAAGGUGUGAUCAGCACUCUGAUAGGACUCAAGGACGCUGUGGUGUAUGGAGUCAAGAUCCCACACGUAGAAGGAAAAGCCGGUAUGGCGGCAAUCGCAGACCCGGAGAAGACUCUAGACCUCACUUCGUUAGCAAAAGGACUUCGAUCCUCUUUGCCAGCAUACGCCCGUCCUCUGUUCAUCAGAAUCCUUCCAGAAUCUCCUCUGACCGCAACUUUCAAACUCAAAAAGAAGGAACUCAUGGAAGAAGGUUUUAAUCUAGAAAAUAUAAAGGAACCCAUGUAUUUCCUGGAUCAGAAGACCGGGGAAUAUGUUCCGCUGACUCAAAAGCUAUAUGAUGAUAUAAUGCAGGACGUCGUGAGGCUGUGAUAGCUUGCCAAAGAUUGGAAUUUGUAAGAAAUGUAUAUUUAGAGCCAAAA